AUGGUGAAGACGCCAACGGGCGAGUGUGACGGUUUUGGUUUGGAGUACAAAGGUGUAUGGGAGGUGGAUGGUGAGGACACCAGGCUGAAGGUGAAACCCUACCAGACCAAAGAAGACAGAAAAAAGGCUGCACAGCAGACUGCUGAAUCUGGCGGCGGUGGAUUCUUUCAGAUCCCCAAAAUUGAGCCCCUCAUCGGCAAGAAAGAGCAGACGGAUGAGGACCUUCUGCUCAAUGGUCAAGAUGUCAACGAGUACAUCCGCAAAAAAACCAAUGGCAUCAAUGGGUGGCAAGAUUACAUGGCCAGUGUGAUGACCUUGGAGGACGAGGAGUCCAAGAUUGCUGACAGCCUUGAAGCCAGGUUGAAUGCCAAGCUGGGGGAGCGGGACAUUUCCAAGGUCUCUUCCAAGGUAGCUCCCAAGCGCGCUUCGCGCUGA